AAAGCUUUGUUCCGCCAUUUUGAGCGGCACAAGUCUUGCACUGCUCGUUCGUGCGUGGUUGUCGCUUGGCUUCCCUCAGUUUUGGGUUCUUGCGCCGCUUAGGUUAAUUUAUUUCGAACAAAACAAAUCGCUUCACAAUGCCCGCCACACGCUCAAGGCCCAGCACCGAGCAAGCCGAGGUGGUUGCUGAGGAGGUGAAGAAGGAUGUUGAAGCGUCUCCUGUCAAGGAAAAGCCAGAUGCCAAAGAGGAAGCCAAAGAGGAGGUGAAGGAGAAGGCUGAGGAGGUGAAGAAGGACGAAGAGGAGAAGGAGGCAAAAAAGGAGGACUCUGCAGAGGAGCCUGCGGAGAAGGACGAGACGCCCAAGACCAAUGGUGCUUCCGAAGCAGAAGAGAAGAAAGACUCCCCCGAAAAAGUUGAGAAGCACAAACUGGAUGACACUCCAGUGGAGGGCACCCCUGAGAAGAAGGCGAAGGUAGAGGAGAAAGUGGAGGAAGCAGCGAAAGAGGCCGAGGCGGAAGCAGCCACAGCAUGAGCGCAGUCCCUCCUCGAGAGAACUGCCCGCGAGACAGAAUUCACCUUCAGGCCGUCCCCCACUCCCUUCUUGUCCCCGUUUUCAACCCCACCCCAUCCUACGUGCAUUUACAAACUGACAAGGGAUAUUCCCAGCCCUUUUACAUGAGUUGGGACUUGAAUGUACAAAGUGGAUGUGCGUUUUUCUCGCCCCCUCUUCACACACACAUGCUGACCCCGCAAGAUUGAAUCUUGUCUUCAGUUCACCAGCGAACUCCCUGCGCCAUUACGUUGAUUUUUUGUAUUGCAAGAGGCUCUUUUUUUUUUUUUUUUUUUUACGUACAUGCUGUCAUUUGUUUGUUGUGAAGAAAACGCUAGUUUGAUUGUACAGUUUGUCGGGUUCAAAUAAUAAAUUUUUUUUUUCUCCAUCA